AUGAAGCUCUCACGGGUACCACUUACCUUGCUGGGCUUGGUGCCUUUGGCGUCAGCUCUAGGUCAGCAGGCUAUUGUUUCCUUCAACAAAUCCGACAAUGCUUUCCAGAUCGUUGGAGGCGAUGUCGGCAAGGGACAAAUUCGUGUCUCCGAGGACGAAUACUGGGGAGUAAUUCGUGCCGCUGGAGACCUCGCCGUUGACUUUGGACGUGUCACUGGUACAAACUUCACGCUCAGCAACGGCAAGAAGGAUGCUUCUGCAGCCAAGUACACCUUUGAACCCGUUGAUGUCAAGAAUAACACAUACUACCGUACUCUGGAGGAGCAGAGCUUUUCUGGUCCUUCGUACUCAGACCCUGAUGAUACUAACACAGUCAUCAUCGCUGGUACGAUUGGCCAUUCUAAAAUCAUUGACUCACUCAUUGACCAAGGUCUGAUCGAUGUCAGUGAGAUUGAUGGAAAAUGGGAGUCUUUCGUUAGUCAACUUGUCGAGGACCCCAUCAACGGAACGGCCAAGGCCCUGGUCAUUGCUGGAAGCGACCCUAGAGGAACCAUCUACGGUAUCUACGAUGUCAGCGAACAGAUUGGAGUCAGCCCAUGGUACUGGUGGGCUGAUGUCCCUGUUCGCAAGAGGGAUGAGAUCUAUGUCCUUUCCAAGCCAAAGGUUCAGAAAUCGCCUUCAGUCAAGUAUCGAGGCAUCUUCCUCAACGACGAGCAGCCUGGUCUGUCUAGCUGGGUUGGAUCUCGCUGGAAGCCUACUUGGAACAACGCCGCUCCCUACAACCAUGAGUUUUACGCUCUGGUUUCGGAGCUCUUGCUUCGUCUUCGCGCCAACUACCUCUGGCCAACUGUUUGGGGCAGCAUGGUCUACAUUGAUGACCCAUUCAACCAGCCCCUCCUCGACGCCUACGAAAUCGUUCUUGGAGGCUCUCACACUGAACCCAUGAUGCGAGCACAGAAUGAAUUCAGAACUUUCUACGACGGAGAGUGGCAAUACCACACCAACAAUGAGACAAUUGAUGAGUACUUUGAGUAUGGAGUUGAGAGAGCUAAGCCCUAUGCGCGAAACAGCUUGUGGACAAUGGCAAUGCGAGGAACCGGUGACACUGCCAUUGAAGGUGACCUUGGAAUCGAUGGCAUCGUCAACAUGCUCGAAACACUUGUCGAUAACCAACGCGAGAUUCUCAAGAAGGGACUCAAGGUUGACAACUUGACCGAUGUCCCCUCACUGUGGUGCCUUUACAAGGAGGUUCAAUCCUACCAGGAACGUGGCCUCCAAGUUCCGGAGGAUAUCACUCUCCUGUGGGCUGAUGACAACUGGGGAAACAUCCGUCGAUUGCCUCUCGCCAACGAGACAGACCGCUCUGGUGGUGCUGGUGUCUACUACCAUUUCGACUAUGUCGGCGACCCAAGAAACUACAAGUGGAUCAACACCAUUCAACUGGAGAAGACCACCGAGCAAAUGACUCUGGCUUACCACAGGAAUGCCCGUCGCAUUUGGAUCGUCAACGUUGGAGAUCUCAAGCCCAAGGAGAUCCCUAUCAGCCAUUUCAUGGAUCUCGCCUAUGAUACUGAGCGAUGGGAGGCUGACGGCACUACCAAGUGGGUUGAACACUGGGUCGAGCGCGAAUUCGGCAGUGAGCAUGUUGAAGCUAUCACCAGUAUCAUGACUCGCUAUGGCAUGUAUGCUGCGCGUCGCAAGUUCGAGUUGUUAGAGCCACAUGUCUACUCAGUCAUCAACUAUCAUGAAGCUGAAGCCGUCUUGGAGCAAUGGGCCAUCUUGAAGGAAGACACCCAGGCUAUCUUUGACAAGUUGGGCGAGGAGUACAAGCCUGCCUUCUUCGAGAUGCUUCUUCACCCAGUUCUUGGUGGUGAGAUCGUCAACAAGAUUCAGAUCUAUGGCGCCAGGAACCAGCUUUACGCUGGACAGAAGCGAAACUCGGCCAACGAUGUCAUUUGGAAGUCACUAGACCUGAUGUACAAGGACUCCAACCUGACCCAGAGGUGGAACGAGGUUCUCGACGGCAAGUGGGCUCACAUGCUUGAUCAGACUCACUUGGGCUACGAUGGUUACUGGCAACAGCCUAUGCGAAACACUCUUCCCGAUCUACGAUUCGUUCAGGAUGUCUGGCCUUCACUUGGUGGUGAGUAUGGUGUCGGUGUUGAAGGUUCCAACGCUACCGUUAUGGGAGACGACAGAUAUCAUUCGCUGUCCUCCAACGUCCUCAACCUUCCUCCUCUGGAACCCCAUGGCGCUCAAUCUCGUUACAUCGACGUUUUCCACCGAGGUUCCAAGUCUUGCAACUGGUUCGCAGCACCGUGGGAGGAGUAUGUCCAGCUCUCUCAGUACAAUGGUACAGUCGGUGGCAACAACGGUAGCGAUAGCCGAGUUUACGUGACAGUCGACUGGGACAAGGCUCCCAAGGCUCCCAACACCACGGAGGUCUUCAUCAACGUCACUAGCGACUGCCAGGGCUUUGAGAGAUACAGUGGCCGAGAUGCAAAGGUCGUGGCGACAGUCAUCAACCGAGAACUGCCAGACAGCUUUGAGGAAGGAUUUGUCGAGUCUGAUGGACAUGUUUCUAUCGAAGCUUCGCACUACCAGAAAAUCCAUGAGGGAGAGUCGAACAGCUCAGAGUACCACACUAUCAACAACUAUGGUCGAACUCUGGCUGGUGUUGGUCUGUACCCUCUCGACACUGAGAAGCUGGACGUCGGAGAAGGCCCUGCGUUGGAGUACAACAUGUACCUCUACACCAACCACUCUGCGGCCAAUGUGACCGUCUUCAUGUCCCCUGGUGCCAACUAUCUUGGAGACCGAAACCCACUCGAGUAUGCCAUUGCAUUGUAUCCAUCCGGCGAGGAUCAGCCUGACCCAACUAUCGUUCAGCCCAUUGGCCCCAAUGUUGGUACCAAUAUGCCUGAUGGAUGGGGUUACGCUGUCGGUAAUGCUGUUUGGGGUCUGUAUGGCAACUACACAACAUCUUCCUUCGAUGUUCCCAAGGAGGGCGCAUACACUCUUCGCAUCUGGGCUUUGUUGCCUAACAUCCUGAUUCAGAAGAUUGUGGUAGACCUUGGUGGUGUCAGACAGUCUUACCUGGGACCCCCAGAAAGUUUCCUUCUCGGUAGAGACGAGCAAGGAAAGUACAACGGUACUUCUUUCGUAAGCACACCCGGUAUUUUGGGAGGAACCUUCGAUAAGUCCUCGUAA